AUGGGAGAAAUAGUGACCAAGGGUGGCCAAUUGUCUGGGUCAAAUGUAGGAGCAUGGAAUGGAACACUCCUCACGGCGGCAUUUUCAGAUCUUGAUACUAGUCUGUUCAAUUUCUUCCUGGCCGAAGUCGACGUAAAGACGUCCACGAUCUACUGGAGUCGUAACAAUGACUCUGCUCGAGUUACUCGUACUCCGCGUUGCCUCUAA